AUGGCAUCGCACACCAAGAAGGAAGACCUUUAAGCUUCAAACUAGGAAUCUCCUAUUAUUUUCCAGCUUAAUUUUUAUCUAAAUGGAGAUAUGAGUGUGAGUAUACUUAUAAUUGUAAUUGAUUACUAGUUUGAAUUUGAGAAUAAAAACUACUUGAUUGUGAGUGGAAAUGAUGCUUAGUUGCAUAUCUAUAGAAUAGAAUUAGACAAUGAGACUUCAGAGAUAAUAAUUUCAGACGCAAUUUCAUAAUUCUUUAAAAGUGGUAAAUGUGAAUUUGAUUCAGAUGUGCUGCACAUUCAUGUUGACAAUGUCAAUAGCAGCCUUUGUCUCAUAGCAAUUGCAACUGAAUUCGGCUAGAUUAAAGUGUUUGAAGUGAAGAAUAAAACUAGAAGAAAUCGAUAUGCAACUUAAUCAGAAUUUAGAGAAUUCUUUAGUGGGAAUAUAUCCUCAAACAUCUGCAAGAUCCAGUUGUUUCUUACUGAGACUUAGAAUAAUGCUUGUGAUUAGCCAGAUACAGCAACUUAAAAUGAAUUUAUAGAUCAGCCAAUACCCAGAAAGUCUAAAGAUUUUUUCGGAUUAGACAAUGAGCAAAGCGAAAGUGAGCCUGAAAUAUUUACUCAAGCAGCAAUGCCUCGACGCAGAAGACAUAGCUUGAGUCACUAAAAAAGUCAACUUCUAAUUGAUGAUAAAAAGCAAGAAGAAUCCCAUAAUAAAAUGACUCCUUUGCAUUCAAGAAGAAGAAGUCAAGACUUGAGAAUGGAUAAGUUACAAGAUGCAAUGUUUAAUCCAAACUCCAGCUAUAAAAUGAACUUGUUAGUUACUACAAACUAUGGCUAUAACAUAGUCUAUCAUGAUAUUACGAAUAGAUAAUUUGAAUUAAUGACCUUACUACCGCUUCUGAAAAAUAAAUAAGAUCUUGCUGCUGCUUGUGAAGUCUUGGAUUUUGAUUUAGAUAUUGAAAGGGAAAGCUUUAAUAUCGUUUUAGGGUUAUAUAGUCAAUAUCUAGUCAGAUACUGUGAGAAGAGAUGUGCAACUGAUAAUGAGGGGAAUGAUUCUACACCUAGAUAAAACUAAGAUGGAAUUAAUUAUGAGAUAAGAGAUGCGAUGUAUCUUGAUCAUCCAAUUAUGGCUAUUAGCAAGGGUGAUAUUUUUAAUAUUGGGAUUUAUUAUAUGAUUGUUGUAACUUAAGGAAGUCUAUGGGUUAUAGGACCUAAGGUAUUAGAAAAGGUUUUAUCGUAUUUAUAAUGA